AUGCCAGUAACAUCUCCGCAUAAACUAACAGACAUGGAGGUGUGGCAUUGUGAUAAAUUGCUGACCAUUGCAGAAUCUGAUUCAAUUCAGUUACUACAAAAUCUUGGAAAUCGUUACGUGGAGGGAUGUAAUGCACUUGAAGUAUUGUUCGACUCUGAGGGUAUAAAGAAUUUGCGGAAUAAAGUUCAAGAACUUGAAAAUAAGAGACAUGACGUGAAACGACAGGUUGAUGCUGCCAAAAGAAAUGCUGAAAGCAUCGGGGAAGAAGUUUCGGCAUGGUUGCAAAAGGUCGAUGACUUAACGAAAAAAGCUCACAAAAUUUUGAAUAGUGUAGCAGGUUCUGAAAUGCGGUGUCUAUUCAAUAGAUGUCCAAAUUUGAAGUCUCGUUACUUAUUAAGCAGGAGAGCCACAAAGAAGACUAUUGAGGCUGAUAAGCUCAAAGGGGAAGGUACAUUUGAGAGGGGUUUCGAAACAAGGUUAUCAACUAAGGAGGAAAUCAAGGAAGCUCUAAAAGACAAAGAUAUCGGCAUAAUUGGGAUCUAUGGCAUGCCUGGAGUUGGUAAGACAACAAUGGCAAAGGAAAUAGUAAAUGAAGUCAAAGAUGAGAAAUUAUUUGACGAGACUGCAUUUGCAGUUGUAUCUAACGAUCCAGACAUAAACAAAAUUCAAGAUCAACUCGCUGAAGCACUUGGUCUAAAAAUUGAAGAAAAGACAAAUAAAGACGUGAGAGCUGGACGACUUCGUCAAAGACUUGAAGGUAAUGAUGGCAAGAGCAUUCUUGUAAUAUUAGACGAUGUGUGGACAGAAAUUGAUUUGGGAACUAUAGGAAUUCCAUCUCCACGUGAUCGCAGAGGGUUGAAAAUUAUGUUUACAACACGAAUUGAAGAAACGUGUAGUAAAAUGGAAGCCAAAGCAUUCAAAAUCGAAGUUUUGAGUGAAGUAGAAGGAUGGCAACUUUUCACGGAUAAGGCAGGGAUUUCUGAUGAUGAAACUGAUGUCGAACUCGUAAGCUUAGCCAAAGAAGUUGCAAAGGAAUGUGGACGUCUACCUCUUGCAUUAGAGGUUGUUGGCAGUACACUAAAAGGCAAAAAGACCGUAUAUGAAUGGAAAGAUGCACUUCGACGGCUAAAGAAGUCUAGUGCUACCAAUAUUGUGGACAAAAGUAUAAGAUUGAGCUAUGACUAUUUGGCAAAUAAUGAAGAGCAGAACUUGCUUUUGCUCUGUUCUCUAUUCGCUGAAGAUGAAAGUAUUCCAAUUGAAAAUUUGGUUAGAUAUGCAAGGGGGUUAGAGUUGUUUGAAGAAACCGAGACACUCUGCGAAACUCGAGACGGAGCAAAGACAAUUGCGGAUAAACUAAAAGGUUGUAAUUUAUUGCAACCCGGUACGAGGAAAGACGAAGUGAAAUUGCAUGAUGUUAUCAGAGAUUUUUGCUUACACAUGGCAAAGAAAGAAAAACGUGGAUAUCUGGUGAAUCAUGCUGGUUUGAAAGAGUGGCCAGAACAUGAUGCUCCUGAAUCGUGCAGUGCCAUCUCAAUUACAUUUGAUGAGCUGGAUCAGCUUCCAACCGGGUUGAAAUAUCGGAACGUUAAGUUGUUACGGAAUAAAGUUCGAGAACUUGAAAAUAAGAGAGAUGACGUGAGACUACUGGUUGGUGCCGCCGAAAGAAAUGCUGAAAGCAUCGGGGAAGAAGUUUCGGCAUGGUUGCAAAAGGUCGAUGACUUAAAGCAAAAAGCUCACGAAAUUUUGAACAGUGUGGCAGGUUCUGAAAUGCGGUGUCUAUUCAAUAGAUGUCCAAAUUUGAAGUCUCGUUACUUAUUAAGCAGGAGAGCCACAAAGAAGACUAUUGAGGCUGAUAAGCUCAAAGGGGAAGGUACAUUUGAGAGGGUGGGCUAUCCUCGACCGCCGGUGCAAGAGUUGAACCUAACUUCCCACGAGGGUUUCGAAACAAGGUUAUCAACUAAGAAGAAAAUCAAAGAAGCUCUAAAGGACAAAGAUAUCGGCAUAAUUGGGAUCUGUGGCAUGCCUGGAGUUGACAUAAACAAAAUUCAAGAUCAACUCGCUGAAGCGCUUGGUCUAAAAAUUGAAGAAAAGACAAAUAAAGACGCGAGAGCUGGACGACUUCAUGAAAGACUUAACAAUGACAAGAGCAUUCUUGUAGUAUUAGACGAUUUGUGGAAAAAAAUUGAUUUGGGAACUAUAGGAAUUCCAUCUCCAAAUGGUCAAAACAGGUUGAAAAUUAUGUUUACGACGCGAAGAGAGGAUACGUGUAUUAAAAUGGAAGCCAAAGCAUUCAAAAUCGAAGUUUUGAGUGCAGAAGAAGGAUGGCAACUUUUCACGAUUAAGGCAGGGAUUUCUGAUGAUGAAACUGAUGGCGAACUCGUAAGCUUAGCCAAAGAAGUUGCAAAUGAAUGUGGACGUCUACCUCUUGCAUUAGAGGUUGUUGGCAGUGCACUAAAAGGCAAAAAGGCCGUAUAUGAAUGGAAAGAUGCACUUCGACAGCUAAAGACGUCUAUUGCUACCAAUCUUGAAGGAAUGGACGAUAACGUGUACAAAAUUAUAAGAUUGAGCUACGACUAUUUGGUAAGUAAUGAAGAGCGGGACUUGCUUUUACUCUGUUCUCUAUUCGCUGAAGAUGAAAGUAUUCCAAUUGAAAAUUUGGUUAGAUAUGCAAGGGGGCUAGAGUUGUUCAAAGAAACCGAGACACUCUGCGAAACUCGAGCCCGAGCAAAGACAAUUGCGAAUAAUCUAAAAAGUUGUAAUUUAUUGCAACUGGGUGUGAAGGAAGACGAAGUGAAAUUGCAUGAUGUUAUCAGAGAUUUUUGCUUACAGAUGGCAAAGAAAGAAAAACGUGGAUAUCUGCUACUAGGCAAGGAAACAUCUCUGCCUAAACUAAAAGACAUAUGGGUGUCGUAUUGUGCUGAAUUGCUGACCAUUGUAGAAUCUGAUUCAAUUCAGUCACUGCAAAAUCUUGAAGAUCUUUAUGUGCGGAAAUGUUAUGCAUUUGAAGUAUUGUUUGACUUUGAGGGUAUGAAGGUCACUAAUGAUGAUGCAGAAAUUAAUAUGCUUGGUCGAUUAACAUCGUUGAAGCUGGGAGCGCUACCAAAUUUGGUGCACAUUAUAAGGAUGGUUCCAAAAGGAAUUCGCGUCUUCCAAAAUUUGACAAAUCUUACUGUUGUAGAUUGUAAGAGCUUAAUAUACUUAUUCUCACCUUCAAUGGCCAAUUCUCUUGUGGCUCUGAAAGAUCUACAGGUUUCAUUUUGUAAUUCAAUUAAAGCGAUUGUCGGAAAAGAAGAAGAAGAAGAAGAAGAAGAAGAAGGCACUUCAGAGAUCAAAAGAGUUGAAGCAAAGAAAGCCAGAAUUGAGUUUCCUAAGUUGGAGCUUCUAAGACUCAGGACUAUGUGGAGUAUUCAAAUGUUUUGCUCUCAGAACUGUGAUCUUGUGUUCCCUUUAUUGAAGGAUCUGACCAUUGAAAAUUGCCGUAUGAUGACAAAAUUGAGUCCAUGGCCAGUAAGUGCACCAAGGCUUGAUAUUUCCGAUUAUUUGGAUAACGCAGAUUCCCCUUUCAACUCAACCCUUUUUUAUUAA